AUGGUAGCAGCGGCUCUCACUCCCUCUUCUCUGCUUUUAGACGGAUUUGGUUGGUCCCUUCCCAUGCCAACACUUAACAAAUCACGCUCUCACUCCCACACUGUUAGUGCCAGCUCAUCAGCGGAAGAUUCCAGGGUGCUUCCUCCUGCCGAUGCCUCUGCUGCUGGUGGUCUCGCCUCCACCGCUGCUGCAACCAACAGCCUCUCCACGUCAGCCGAAUCUUUGCCUGAGACCCACCCGGGCAGCCUAGAGGAAAGUUCUUCCGUGCCCGAUCCGCCCGAGCCGUGGUUCUGGCUGCCCGAAAAACGUCUAGAUGCCCCUCCGGAUGAGGAGGGGUGGGACGUGGGGAGGAGGCUGGGGGGAGGAGGGGGAGGGGCGGGGGGGAGUUCAGUCAGCCUUGCUAGCAUGAGCGCUGUUUCGUCUGUUUCUGGGGGAGGCCAUACCGAGGUUCCCCUAGCAGUGUGUGCGUUACAAGGCACCUCGUUAGUAGCAACAUGCGACGAAGUUAUCCACAUGUGGGACUCCUCCUCAGGCGAGCUCUUAUCACUCUUUGAAGAGCCACCCUCCUCUCUGGCUGCACACCUCCAGCAGCAGCAGCAGCAGCAGCAGCAGCAGCUCUACUCCCUCCACUCCUCCUCCACCCCCACCCUUUCCGCCGCUGCUGCCGCCGCUGCUGCCGCAGCAGGCGCGGCCGGGAAUCCCCUCGCGUAUUUCUCCUCUUCGCCUCGCCUCGCCAUGCCUAUCGGCCAACUUCCGGACCAGACCUCCUCUCUCGAUCCCGCUGCUACAUCCUCGAUUUUCUCCUCUUUCGCCGCCGCUACAGCCGGAGUGGGAAGCGGAAUCCCCGCCUCCCCUCGCAUGUCCUCCUCUCUUUUCUCCUACCAUCCCUUCUCCUCCCUCUCCUCCCUCUCUACAACUCCCAGAUCCCACCCCUCCCCACACUCCCUCUCCGCAUCCGCCCUCCCGGACCUCGCCGGGCCAGGCUCGGGAGACGGCUCAGCGGGAGCGGGGGGGAACAGACUCGUGGCCGGCACGUCUACAGGUUGCAUCCGUCUCGUGGACAUGUGUGCGGGUCGCCUGCUCUCCCUCUGGCAGUGCGGGCUAUCAGAGCCCUUCUGCUCGCCAGUCACUGCCCUCGCCUCUGCUGCCACCACCACCUCCUCCUCCCGCCGCUCCUCCUCCUCCUCCUCCCCCUCCUCCUCUUCCUCCUCCGCCCACACUCGCUCCCCUGUUUCCACCAAGUGUGUUUCUGUGGGGUUCCACUCAGGACACCUGGCAUUCCUUGAUUGGACGACAGGGAUGGUUGUGGCACGGGUCAAGGCACACUCGGGGAGGGUUACAGGGCUCGUGCCAUGUGGCGAGUAUCAGCUUCUGUCCUCAUCCACAGACUCGACCAUUGCCCUGUGGGAUAUCAGAAGAGCUGCUGACGUGGCAGCAGUGGAGAGGGUGGUGGCUCACACGCAAGGCAUCACAGCAAUGGUUGCUCUCACGCCCACCAUGCUCACGCCCUCAUCUGGGGGAGGUGCAUCUGGAGCAGGUGGAAACCUGGGCGGCGUUGGUUCGGAUCUAAUGCCGCCCAGCAUGACGCUGGGUCGGGUUGUGAUGACGGCAGCUGGGAGUCAUAUUGGCGUGACGAAUGUCUCGGGAUUGUCGCAGGCUGCAAAUGCUCGCACCAGGGUCAAGUUCUCAAGCCAUGAGCUUGUUGUUCGCUGUCCGCCCCCCCUUCCCGAUUUCAAUCUACCAUUCCAUGCACAACAAGUGAUUGACAACAUUCAAUGCUCCAGUUUUGCUAAGACAACUACGACGAUGAGGGAAAUUCUUCACGUUCAGGCAGGCCAGUGCGGGAAUCAGAUCGGUGCUAAGUUUUGGGAAGUCAUUUGUGAAGAACAUGGAAUCAAUCCUGUCGGGGAUUAUCGUGGGAAUUCCGCCCUUCAUCUUGAUCGGAUUAACGUUUACUUCAAUGAAGCGUCCGAAGGCCGCUAUGUUCCUCGGUCUGUCCUUAUGGACCUCGAGCCGGGAGUUUUGGAUAGCGUUCGCGCUGGUCCUUAUGGAAAGAUCUUCAGGCCGGACAAUUUUGUCUUUGGUCAGAGUGGUGCAGGAAACAAUUGGGCUAAAGGCCACUACACGGAAGGUGCUGAGCUUAUCGACUCCGUUCUUGAUGUUGUUCGAAAGGAGGCUGAGAACUGUGACUGCCUUCAAGGUUUCCAAGUAUGUCACUCUCUAGGCGGCGGAACUGGUUCAGGAAUGGGAACUCUACUAAUUUCCAAGAUGCGUGAAGAGUUUCCUGACAGGAUGAUGAUGACCUUCUCGGUGUUCCCGUCGCCGAAGGUUUCUGAUACCGUCGUAGAGCCAUACAACGCGACGCUUUCUGUCCAUCAACUGGUCGAGAAUGCGGAUGAGUGCAUGGUUCUUGACAACGAGGCGCUUUAUGACAUCUGCUUCCGAACUCUGAAGCUGGCUAAUCCGAGCUUUGGAGAUUUGAACCAUCUGAUAUCUGCGACUAUGAGUGGGGUCACGUGCUGUCUUCGCUUCCCUGGACAGCUUAACUCCGAUCUCAGGAAGCUUGCCGUUAACUUGAUUCCGUUCCCUCGUUUGCAUUUCUUCAUGGUUGGAUUUGCUCCUUUGACUUCUCGGGGUUCGCAGCAGUACAGGUCAUUGACCGUUCCGGAGCUAACUCAGCAGAUGUGGGAUGCGAAGAACAUGAUGUGCUACGCCGAUCCACGCCAUGGUCGCUAUUUGACUGCUUCAGCAGUGUUCAGGGGAAAAGUCAGCACCAAGGAGGUUGACGAGCAGAUGCUGAAUAUUCAGAACAAGACCUCCUCUUACUUUGUGGAGUGGAUCCCCAACAACGUGAAGUCGAGUGUGUGCGACGUGGCUCCCACAGGACUUAAGAUGUCAUCCACUUUCAUUGGGAACUCCACUUCGAUUCAGGAAAUGUUCAAGAGGGUUGGUGAGCAGUUCACAGCCAUGUUCAGGAGGAAGGCCUUCUUGCAUUGGUACACAGGCGAAGGCAUGGAUGAGAUGGAGUUCACGGAAGCAGAGAGCAACAUGAACGACCUGGUUUCCGAGUAUCAGCAGUAUCAGGAGGCGACGCUGGAUGAUACUCCUCUGGAAGAGCAAGAGCGCGAAAAGGACGGGCUGUCGUUGAGACGUGAAAAUUCGCAUCGUCGCUUGGCUCUCGCCUUUACACAAGAUGUUGGCUGUUUGCUUAAGAUGGACCAGUACACAAUCGCUACAGCCUUCGUCUACUGGCAACGGUUUUUCAUGAUUCAAUCCUUGUCCAAGAACGACCCAUACCUUAUCGCAUCCGCAUGCCUGCUUCUCGCUGGGAAAGUCGAAGAGAACUUCAAAAGUUUGCAGAAGAUUACCGAGAUGUCAUUCUAUGUCCGCAACAAGAAGGAUCCGAAGGCCUUGGAGUCUAUUAAAAGCACACCCAAGCUCUUAUUGGCGGAGAUGGACAGGGUAGUCAAGGCAGAAGAAGCCCUUCUUGUUACCAUGAAUUUUGAUUUUUUCGUCAGUCAUCCGUACAAGCCGAUCUGCUCUGUGGUGAAGGAGUUCGGUUUCACAAACCGCCAGUCUGAAAGGGACCGGACUUUCUUUCAGAUCGCGUGGAACUUCGCCAAUGACAGUUUGCGGACCACGCUCUGCCUUCAGCCGUUUCGGCCGAUGGACAUUGCGGCAGCUUGCGUCAAUCUUUCAGCGACUGCUUUGAGUGUCCAGCUUCCGAAAGCUGCUGAAGGAGGUCCAUGGUGGACUAAGUACGGCGUUUCUCCAGAGACGCUUCAAGAUGUCGAGCUGCAGAUCAUGUCCUUGUACAAGAGGAAGGAGGGCGAUAGCCAAACACCAACAUCUUGCCUUUCUCUUCCAGCCACUCCAUCGAUCAACGCCCCUCCGGCAAAGAAGCAAAGGACUGAUACCCCGAGUCCCACAAGUGCUGUUGUGUCGUCACACCAGUGCCAGUCUGAUGCGAAGGUUAAUCAACCGGGCGAGCCAAAUCAGCAUGACUCUAGACAGCUUGAGAACGAUGAGUCAUGGAUUCUUUUUACGAGUGACGACCUUCAAGAGGACAAAAGCUCGACGGAGAGAUUAGAAAGACUAGGAUCUAGCGCGCAACUGGAUACCGCCUCGUGGACGGAGCACAGCGUUCCUAGUUCGCGGGACAGCGGAGGAAGGAGUGCGGGAGUUCCUGUCUUCAUCAUGCUUCCGUUGGACUCUAUAACCAUGAGCAACACGAUAAGUCGACCAAGAGCGUUUAGAGCUAGCUUGACAGCUUUGAAAAGCGCCGGCGUGGAAGGGGUCAUGAUGGACGUUUGGUGGGGAAUAGUAGAAAGAGAAGGACCCGGGAGAUACGACUGGUCGGCAUACAAAGAGCUAGUUUCGCUCGUCAAAGAAGCUGGGCUCAAGGUCCAGGCGGUGAUGUCUUUUCACCAGUGUGGAGGCAACGUGGGAGACCAUUGCAUGAUACCGCUACCUCCAUGGAUCCACGAGGCGAUAGACAAGAACAAUGAUAUUGUCUACACGGACCGGGCCGGACGGAGAAACAGAGAGUACCUUUCGCUGGGUUGCGACGACCUUCCGGUUCUUCAGGGUCGGACGCCCAUUCAAGCAUACAGCGACUUCAUGAGGAGCUUCAGGGACGCGUUCUCGGAAGACCUCGGUUCUGUUAUUACAGAGAUACAAGUUGGCAUGGGUCCUGCUGGCGAGCUUCGGUACCCCUCGUAUCCAGAGGGUAACGGAAUGUGGCAAUUUCCGGGAAUUGGCGAGUUUCAGUGCUACGACAAGUACAUGCUUUCGAGUUUGAGAGCAGCGGCCGAAGCCAACGGCAAGCCUAAUUGGGGACUCGGAGGUCCGCACGACUCUGGCUACUACAAGCAAUGGCCUCAAGAAACAGGCUUUUUUCACGAGUUCGGCAAUUGGAACUCACAAUACGGACACUUCUUUUUGCAGUGGUACUCUGAGAUGCUGAUUCAGCAUGGCGACCGAGUGCUUUCCUCAGCUUCAUCAAUUUUCCGUGGAACCAACACGUCCAUCUCGGGCAAGGUGGCAGGUAUCCACUGGCACUACGGCACCAAGUCGCAUCCACCAGAGCUGACAGCGGGCUACUACAACACCAUUUUCCGUGACGGCUACAUUCCGCUGGCACGGAUGUUCGCCAGACAUGGAGCUGUGCUCAAUUUCACUUGCAUUGAGAUGAAGGACGCGGAGCAGCCAUGGUAUGCCCUGUGCAGUCCGGAGGGGCUACUCCGGCAAGUGGCACAUGCAGCACAUGUGGCGGGCACAAGGGUCUCAGGAGAGAAUGCUCUGCCUCGGUUCGACGAGGGAGCCUUCAAUCAGAUUGUGUGGAAAUCGAGGUUGCAGUUCGAUGGCUUCUCCCAUGAGGCCCCAAUGUCGUCGUUCACAUUCCUGCGCAUGAAUGAGUGCUUGUUUCGGCCGGACAACUGGCGCAACUUCGUGAUGUUUGUUCGGCACAUGCGGGAAGGUCGGACAUUUGCUCCUUGGGACGAGCGCCACCGACACUCCCAUGCACAACUGCACGCCACAGGAUCUCUCACACAAGCAGCAGCCGCUCUGAUGCUACAAUAG